UUUAGUUCUAGGAAGUGACUAUGGAAUUUUAUGUAUUUUAUGCUUGAAACAGGAAACUGUGAAGUUAAGUGCUUCGUUUGUGUCUUUUAGAUUCCAAGUCAAAAACAGGGAGUGAAGGUCUAGAACGAAUCAAGGAUUAUAUCGGAGGUUGUCAUGGAAUAGGGAUGAUGAUGUUGCAGCGAAUAAACAUAACACUGCAGGCAGAGGAACAGGGCAGGGAGACGCAUAGGUGCAGAAACGAAAGCACAGCGAAAGUGUGUCAUGCGCUUUGGUUAGAAUCAUAUUUGUGCUGAAUUGGUAAAAUUUGUGGGAAUUGGGGUAAUUUAAAUGGCCUAAAAAGAUUGAUGAAUUUGUAUAGAUAAAAGAAGCAACGUUUUUAAUGGUGUGCAUGAAUUUGCUGAGAAGCGCAUUUAAACUUGUCUCCUAUUGAGACUGGAGCAGGGAAUAUGGCGGAUAAGAAGAGUCCUCAGGUCGACAACAUUCAUGUAAAAAAUGGCAAUUUUAUUUGUGGUGUAGUAGAAGGUUUCUAUGGACGUCCUUGGACCACAGAACAGAGGAAAGAUCUUUUUCAAAAGCUGAAAAAAUGGGGCAUGGAUUCCUAUUUGUAUGCCCCAAAAGAUGAUUACAAACAUCGAGCUUACUGGAGAGAAUUGUAUACAGUAGAAGAAGCUGAACAUUUGACUAGUCUAAUUUCAGCCGCCCGAGAAAAAGGGAUCACAUUUUAUUAUGCACUAUCUCCUGGCCUUGAUAUUACGUAUUCAAGUGCAAAAGAAGUAGCUGUUUUAAAAAGAAAACUAGAACAGGUUUCUCAGUUUGGCUGUUCAGCAUUUGCAUUGCUCUUUGAUGAUAUUGAGCCAGAGAUGUCUGAAGCUGACAAAGAAGUGUUUCAGUCGUUUGCCCAUGCUCAGGUAUCUGUGAGUAAUGAAGUUUUUCAGCAUUUAGGACAACCUCGAUUUAUGUUAUGCCCCACUCAGUAUUGCGCUGCCAGAGCCACACCUAAUGUUCAAAACUCAGAGUACCUAAAUACUCUGGGUGCAAAACUUGCUCCUGAAAUUGACAUCAUGUGGACAGGGCCAAAAGUUAUUUCUCGACUUCUAACGGUAGAGUCCAUUGAAGAAAUAACAGAUGUUCUGAGACGACCUCCUGUGAUAUGGGACAAUCUACAUGCAAAUGACUAUGAUCAAAAAAGGGUAUUCUUAGGACCUUAUUCUGGAAGAUCCCCAGAUCUCAUUCCCAAGUUGCGGGGUGUUCUCACAAACCCUAAUUGUGAAUAUGGAGCAAACUUUGUUGCAAUUCACACACUUGCACAAUGGAGUAGAUGUAAUGUAGAUGGAAAGAGAGAUCCUUCUUUGAUUCCAACCAUUUCCUUCUCUUACUUUCUUACAGAUGAUUCUGUUAGCGCAGACAUAAAACUUGAGACUGAGACAGAAGAUGGUGGUGUAGGUGAAGAUGUACCAUCGAAUUUAUCACCUAACAUGUAUCACCCUCGUCGGGCGUUGCGGAAUGCAAUAAAUGAAUGGCUUCCAGAGUUCAAAAGGGUGAAACCGGCAUGGGGACCAAUUGCCAAACCACAACAACUUGUUGCAAAUACUGUACCUAUUCCAAUCAUUCCAUCGGUGAACACUUGUAUGAGUGUAACAACCACCACUACCAGUUGUUCUUCUGGCAGCAUUCCUGUAGUCAAUGCUAAUCAACUGCAGGCACUGGCUGAAGUUUGUAGCACCGUUACUGGUGCUAAUGACAGUUUACUUCAACCUACUCCUGGAGCUGUUAUGAAUUCUCUAGUGUCGGAAAGCAAGAUUGUGUGUAGUGAGACAAACAUGAGUAAUUCCCCUACAGAACCCAUGGACUGUAAUCCUACUCCUCCAUACACCUCACCUGUUCAUGUAGCAAAACCUGCUGUGGACGUUCUGAUGACAGAAAAUACAGAACCACCUGGUGGUUCUGGUAUGCAGGUUGAAACACCCACAAACAGCACCAACACAAUGGUUGUAGAGACCAACAUCGAAAAUUUUCCUCCCAGGCAAUGAAAAAGAACUUGGCUUAAUGGAAGAUCUUUGCUCUUUUAUGCGACUUAUUCUAUUUUGCCAUUUGAACCAUGGUGGACAAGGUAUACAAAUUACUGCAAGAAUUCAAUUGGUUAAAGAGUAAUGCUCAUCUAGUCCCACUUGUGCCCAUAACCGUAUAUCUCGUCAGAAACCCUUCAACAAACUGAGGUUGAUGAAUGGUUAGAACGUGCCGUGAAGCUGGAAGAUAUGUCAAAAGCCCUGAAUACCCUUUUUCAACGCCUUACAUUCUGUGCCAAUCGAGAAUUGUUGUAUGAUCUCUACCCGUAUGUGUGGGAUAUGCGUGGGGUUGUCUCGCUUCUAAACUCCUAUGUAAAAUGGUUAGCGAGUGGUCACUUCCCUCAGAUGAUGGCCAGCUUCACACUGGGCAGCUACACAUGGUUUUCAAAAGGUUGGAAAGAAACAUUUAUGAGUGGAGAUCAAGAACCUUGGGUUUUUAGAGGUGGCCUUACUGCUGAUCUCCAACGCUUAAUCCCUGUAGAUUCAGGCAAUGAUUUGUUUAUCUAUAAACCACCAGAUGUGCCAAGCAGUAAAAUUUAUACUAUUCGUCCUUAUUUACCGUCAGAUGAGACUCAAGUAUAUGAAGUGUGUAGAAAGACAUGUUUGGAUGGAAUGGAUGGCACUGAUUCCUUUCCUGAUUUACCGAAUCUCAUUGGAGACAAGUUAGUAGGAGGAUUUUUAACCCUCAGUCCAGAGUUUUGUUUCAUCGUAGAAGAUGAAACUGACCUUGUGGGGUAUGCAGUUGCUGCUUUGGAUGCAAAACAGUUUUAUAAGAAAUUGGAAGUUGCUUGGUUGCCAGAUAUGUGUGAAAAGUAUCCCCAACCCAAAAAAGAUGAUAAUGAUGCCCUCAAUGCUUCUGAGGAAAUGAUGACUUGGUUUCACACCUUCAAAGCAGAUGUUCCUGAUGCAAUUCAUAGUCAUCACCCAUCUGUCAUGUGUUGUUCUCUAUUGACAAGUGUUCUUGACCAAAGCAUAUCAAAACGACUGGUCACUUGUCUUCUGGCAGCUCUGCGAGCAAACGGGUCAUUUGGUGUGUAUGUCCCUGUGAGUGCUAAAGAUCGCUUCAUGCUCGAAUUUUAUGGCAAACUGGGAUUUUUGGAACUUAGUCCUGGUCUCAGUGUUGAUGUAGUUUAUUUAGGACGUGUGUUCUGAGUGAAAAACUACAAGAAUUGAGAAGAUUGCAUUUGCAAAGAAAGAUACAAACAGGUUUUCUGAGUGCUUACAUGUGAUGAGGCACCAGUUGUAAAUGUAAUUUUUUUUUGCUUUUUGCUGAUAUUCAGCUCUAUGCCAUGUUGAUCAUGUAUUUUGACUAGUAUUUAUAUGCUGUAGAAAAUAAGUGUGUAUACAUGUAUAUUUAAUUGUUAUAUAUGCAAAUUCAAAGUAAACAUUUAUAAUUCAUUU